AUGCCAAGCAGAGAGGAAGAAAAUAACAGAAACCAUGGACAGACUGUAAGAGCCAGACGAAGGAAUAACCGUCCUCACUGGAGACCCAGUCUUUCGGAUGAAAAUCUAAAUGAACCCCAACCUUCUGGACCUCCCCAAAAACAGUACAAUAAAUUCUAUACGAUAUCUGCUAACAACGGCUGCCACCUGUCUAGCAUAGAUGUAAUAGCUGCUAACCGAGAAAUAGAAAAUACGCUGAAAGGCAAACCAACGAAGAUCAACGAAACCAGAAGUGGAACACUCCUGGUCGAAGUUACUAACUGCCAACAGAGUAGAACUAUUACGACGAUAAAGUCCCUGGCUGGCGUACCAGUGACUGUUGCCGCGCACGAAAGGCUAAAUGAGAGCCGCGGCACCAUCUGGUACCCCAAUCGACCAAACUACCCAGACGAAGACCUACUGGCUGAGCUGUCCCAAUACGGAGUAAAAGCAGUGUACCGUACAAAAAGGAGGGAGCAUGGAGUAUUAGUACCAACCCCGGUAUAUGUCCUAACUUUCGACGGCUGUCACCUCCCGGGGCAUGUUGCGGUCGGCUGGACGCGGUGCCAAGUGCGGCAAUACAUUCCUAAGACGCGCAGGUGCUUCAAUUGCCAAGUUUUUGGACAUGGUGCUUCGUCCUGUCGCCAGCAGACCGGCACGUGCGUCAACUGUGCGCGAGAACAACACGACCUUCCGUGCACGUAUCCCGCCAAGUGCUCCAACUGCAAACUACCACAUCCUGCCAGCUCUAACACAUGCCAUUUCUACAAGAUGGAAGAAGAAAUAAUUGCAACCCUACGAGACAAAAGAUGA